CCUCCCCUCGCGCCGCCGCUCUCCUCUUCGCUCCGCCGCCGCGCAGGUAAGGAGAGGAGGAGGAGGAGGAGAAAAUGGUGAAGCACAACAACGUUAUCCCCAAUGGGCACUUCAAGAAGCACUGGCAGAACUAUGUCAAGACAUGGUUCAACCAGCCCGCGCGCAAGCAGAGGCGCCGCAUCGCUCGCCAAAAGAAAGCCGUGAAGAUCUUCCCCCGCCCAACAUCUGGCCCUCUUCGCCCCAUUGUGCAGUGCCAGACUUUGAAGUACAACAUGAAGUCGAGGGCUGGCAGAGGCUUUACCCUUGAGGAGCUGAAGGCGGCGGGCAUCCCAAAGAAGCUUGCUCCAACCAUUGGAAUUUCUGUGGACCACCGCCGCAAGAACCGAUCACUUGAGGGACUGCAGGCUAAUGUCCAGAGGCUGAAGACAUACAAGGCCAAGCUGGUUAUCUUCCCAAGGCGUGCUCGCAAGGUCAAGGCUGGUGAUUCCACUCCGGAAGAGCUUGCCACUGCCACCCAGGUCCAGGGUGACUACAUGCCUAUUGCUCGUGGUGAGAAGCGCUCGGUUGAGGUUGUGAAGGUUACCGAUGAGAUGAAAUCGUUCAAGGCUUAUGCUAAGCUCCGUGUUGAGAGGAUGAACCAGCGCCAUGUUGGUGCCCGCCAGAAGAGGGCUGCGGAGGCCGAGAAGGAAGAGAAGAAGUGAAGGGAUCGGACAUAGUAUCUGUUUUUGUUAUAUUCAGCAGCUAGUGGAUGCUAUCAGGGACUAAAUCUAAAUUUUGUUUUUGUGCUGGAAAUAGAAACCAACUUAUCAUUUUGGUAUCAGCAUACCCCUUCUGUUUGAUAUCUGGUACUGAUUUGCAUGCUCUGCUAUCGAAUGAAAUUCCGUCCAUGUGCUGUGUCCGAUUAA